GCACCCCAGUCUCGAUGUUCUCUGCAACCUCUUCCACCACCCUACCCCUCCUCCCCGCUCCCGCGCCCUGAGCAGAGGAAAUGAUUUUUUCCGUGAACUGAGUCUCAGUCUGGUGUCGGUGGUGAUGUGCCUGGGGCAGAAGGAAAGGGGGCUAAGAAAGGGAAGAAGGGAAGUGGUGGCGUGGGGAGAGGUGACUUGGUGGCUCAGGCGGUCUCGUGCCUGCUUUCUGUGAAGCACUGGGCUUGGACGCAGAGGUGCAGUUUCAGCUGGCCGGAACGGAGCGGCAGGGGUGCAGCUCUGUUGGGCCACAGUAGUGGGCGGCGAGCUCGGGCGGGUGAGGAAAUCUCGGUCCCCGGCAGCCGCCGCUGCCCCUUUGAUGUUUUGGUACGCCGUGCGCAUGCGCUCCACAUUAGAAUUACUGCACUGGGCAGACUAAGUUGGAUCUCCUCUCUUCAGUGAAUCCCUCAAUCCCAUCAAAAACUAAAGGGAUGUGCAGAGUCCGGAAAAGGGGCUACUUUGGGAUUUGGUCGUUUCCCUUAAUCAUCGCAGCUGUCUGUGCUCAGAGUGUCAAUGACCCUAGUAAUAUGUCGCUGGUUAAAGAGACGGUGGACAGACUGUUGAAAGGCUAUGACAUUCGUCUGAGACCAGAUUUUGGAGGUCCCCCUGUGGCUGUAGGAAUGAACAUUGAUAUUGCCAGCAUUGAUAUGGUCUCUGAAGUCAAUAUGGACUAUACCUUGACCAUGUAUUUUCAGCAAGCCUGGAGAGAUAAGAGGCUGUCCUACAAUGUAAUACCCUUGAACUUGACUUUGGACAAUCGAGUGGCAGACCAGCUCUGGGUGCCUGACACCUACUUCCUGAAUGAUAAGAAGUCUUUUGUACAUGGAGUGACUGUCAAAAACCGUAUGAUCCGACUGCAUCCAGAUGGCACAGUCCUGUAUGGCCUCAGAAUCACAACUACAGCUGCCUGCAUGAUGGACCUGAGGCGGUAUCCACUGGAUGAACAAAACUGCACCUUGGAGAUUGAAAGCUAUGGAUACACAACUGACGACAUUGAGUUUUACUGGCGUGGCGAUGAUAACGCAGUCACAGGGGUGACGAAGAUUGAGCUUCCUCAGUUCUCCAUCGUAGAUUAUAAACUUAUCACCAAGAAGGUGGUUUUCUCCACAGGUUCUUAUCCGAGAUUGUCCCUCAGCUUUAAGCUGAAGAGAAACAUUGGCUACUUCAUUUUGCAGACAUACAUGCCAUCCAUUCUGAUCACCAUCCUCUCGUGGGUCUCCUUCUGGAUUAACUAUGAUGCUUCUGCUGCACGAGUUGCAUUAGGAAUCACAACUGUCCUAACAAUGACCACAAUUAACACCCACCUCAGGGAGACCCUCCCUAAAAUCCCCUAUGUAAAAGCCAUUGACAUGUACCUGAUGGGGUGCUUUGUCUUCGUCUUCAUGGCUCUUCUGGAAUAUGCUUUGGUCAACUACAUCUUCUUUGGGAGAGGACCCCAGCGCCAAAAGAAAGCAGCCGAGAAAGCUGCUAAUGCCAACAAUGAGAAGAUGCGCCUGGAUGUCAACAAGAUCUUUUAUAAAGAUAUUAAACAAAAUGGGACCCAGUAUCGAUCCUUGUGGGACCCUACUGGAAACCUCUCCCCAACUAGACGGACUACCAAUUACGAUUUCUCUCUGUAUACGAUGGACCCCCAUGAGAACAUCCUACUCAGCACUCUCGAGAUAAAAAAUGAGAUGGCCACAUCAGAAGCAGUAAUGGGACUUGGAGACCCCAGGAGCACAAUGCUUGCCUAUGAUGCCUCCAGCAUCCAAUAUCGGAAAGCCGGGUUGCCUAGGCAUAGUUUUGGCCGCAAUGCUCUGGAGCGACAUGUGGCACAAAAGAAGAGUCGCCUGAGGAGACGUGCCUCUCAACUAAAAAUCACCAUCCCUGACUUGACUGACGUGAAUGCCAUAGAUCGGUGGUCCCGCAUUUUCUUCCCAGUGGUGUUUUCCUUCUUCAACAUUGUCUAUUGGCUUUAUUAUGUGAACUAAACUAUAGCCUCCCAUGGGAAGCAAGGACUAGAUUACUCCUCAAACUGUUGUACAGCCUGAUGUAGGACUUGGAAAACACAUCAAUCCAGGACAAAAGUGAUCUUAAAAUACCUUAGUUGCUGGCCUAUCCUGUGGUCCAUUUCAUACCAUUUGGGUUGCUUCUACUAAGUAAUGAAUACACUAAGGUCCUUGUGGUUUUCCAGCUACAGAGCAAGUGAUACAUACACAUGCUGGAAAGAUUGAGUGUGAAGUAUUCCACUUUAUGAGUUUAGUGCACAGCCUACUCAGAGGGUUAUCAUCUAGAUUCUAGAAGAUGUUAGAAAGCUGAAUAGCAUUGGCAGUCAAUUCUCUGAGACAUGAUCAUUUCGCUCUCCAUCAUUGUUCCUAAGAAUGGCAUGCUGUUGGGACAGCACUGUGCUUAUGAAACAUUAUCUGCAAUAAUGGAAACAUGUUACAUCAACAUGGUCCGUGAGGUCUGUGCCAGAUGAUAAUGAUGUCAUGGAGAGGUGAUUCUCAAGGUUCUAAUAGACGCACAUGUAUUUGGAACACAGUCAAAGUAGGGAGAUGGGGCAAAGCUUCAAAGAAGAAACUCAGGAAGCCAAUUUAUCUGCUCUGUUCACUUGCCUACAAAGAACCAGCAGCAACGUCUUUCAAUUUGGCAUUGAAACAGAGGAAGACUUCGGAGGAGACCAUGCAUAGCAGCAAAGAUGUAUGUUUUGCCAGAAAACUACUUCCGAGGUGGUUAAAAUAUAAGUUAACAGCACGGAUCAGGCAGGGUUAAAAAUCCAGAAAUGACUUGUAGUUAAGAGAAAGCAAGACACGCCAGUGCAGCCCUUAAUCUGUGCCACAUUGCAUUGGGUCUGCACUCAGUGCUGAUCAUAAAAGAGUAGAAUGAGAGAGAUGGCUUUGCCAACCUCAUAAGCAUAAGCUGAGCAUAUAUAAGGAAGGUAUUUUUCAAUCAUUUAUCUCACCAACAGGUAGCUAUCAAAUAGCUAGUGAAGAGAAUUAAAAGUAUCUUGAUAGGUUAGAUUGAGAAUCAUUCUAAUAGUCAAACACAGAGCACAGGUCAUUUUUCUCAGUGUCAGCUGCCCCUACAUCGUCUCCCUAUCAGUUCAUUUCUGAAUUGAAUACAGUAUUCCAAAAAGAGAACUUUUUCUUUGCUCUAAAUGAUUAAUCGUCAUCUUUAGCUUUUCUUGCUUUCAAAAUUCUCUUUUUACACUUAGGAGACAGACACAGCAAGGCAUUUCAGAGACUGCAAGAGCUGGGUUUUCUUAAGGGCCAUGAACUCCAUCUUUGUAUUUUCCUAGGCAGGUGUAUGUGCAAAGGGAAUCUGUGUGUCAGUUGAGUCUGGUGACUUAAAGGGUGCUCACAUUGUAUAUAUUGCAACCUACUUAGUCAAGCAAACCAUAAGAACUGGUGGACAAUAGGAUUGGAACAAAGUCAUGGUAAGUGUUGAGCUCUCGGUUGAUGCUGCAGAAGUGUAGACAACUGACAAACAGGAUGGUGAGAUGUGUUGUUUUUAUUCUACCUUUCCAAUCAUAUCAUUCUACAUCUUUCUAUAUUGGGCUUACACAUUCAUAUACUGGACAGAAAAGAGAACAGGCUGAUACAUUUUAUUUUUUGUCAAUAGGGGUCUCCUAUCUGGCUUUCACCUACUGAAAAUACUGAAUUACUAAGUUUUCUAUAAUUUUGACUCUGAUUGACCUUUCCCUCAGAGGAUGCCUGCUAUUUCUCUUUUUAAAAUAACCCAAAAACAAUUCUGUCCUCAGAGUAAGGUCCCCAGUAAGUGCAUAGGACUCAAGGCUAGUAUCAUUCUGCAGAUAAAGUAUCCAUUUUCUUCCCCUCAUGAUUCAGAAACUUGGGAUGUUAAGCAUUAUUGUGCAUUUUCAUUCCAACAAUUAGAGAGAAACAAGAAAAAGGGAAAAAUAGUUUAUCACUAAUUUUCUCAAUUUUCACAAAGUCAGGAUAGUAGGGUGGUUUGGUAUAGUUUGGUUUGGUUUGGUUUGGUUUGGUUUCAGUCAGUGCUGGGAAGUCUGGCUCCUGUGUUUUGGUUAUGUACUUGAACACCACUAGGUUACUGGACCACAGAUCUGACAGAGGAUCUCUGCAUGCGCUCAGAGUAGAGAUUCUUCAAGUUUCUCCAUACUUUCUCCUACGCACUCAUUUCUGGGGAUCACAGUAAUAAAAGUGCCUAUCCCUUGUCACCAAGGGGUGAAGUUCGAAUCGAAAAUAACAUGAAAGAAGCAUAACAAUAAACUCAGGGGCACACCUGUGACACACCAUUCUGAAAAGAUUUUUCUAAAGACAAUUCAGAGCCUAAGUCUAGGCUGCCAUUUGCAAUUUCCGUAAAAGCCAUAAAGAAUCCUAGAUAUUGUCAUUUGUGAUUAUAACAAAAUCUUAGAUGUCCAUGGAAGUCAAGCAAACUAUUUAGAUCAAAAUGGAGGGAAGCAGCCUCACAGCAUGGGCCUCACAUACAUAUGUCUAUGAAACACAUUUCUGCAUUUCACUAAUGCAGAGAGAAGAUGGAACCUUGGAACCAAUGUUCUAGAGUGAAACCAUAUGUUGGCAUUCAAUAACCAUGUAGGAAGAAAACAAUGACUCAUCCUGUCCAGGAAUAGUGAUCCAUGUAGAAUUUAUUUUUAAGCUACAUAUUUAGUUGAAUUAGAAAUGCAGGAAAGGGUGCUAGGUCUGAUGAAUCUGGGAAAACCAAUUCGUUUGCUACCCAGUAAUUAAACUAAAGGACCACCAAGGUGUGUUUUGGCAAUCUUAAAAUGGUAGUACAAUCAGUUUAUAUAUAUAUAUGUAUAGUUUUUUCCUUUUGAUUUUACAGUAACCAGAUAGCCAGCAAUUAAGGUGUUUUUUUUCAUCUCUGAGAAAUUAAUAAGCAAAUUCCGACUCUCAAAUGCACAGUCUAAACAAAAUCUGUGAUCUCAAUCUGUAUAUAUAUAUAUUGUACAUGACUGCUUGUAGGUAUGAAAUGCAUUUCUGAACUGAAAUCUCAUGCAACAUACCCAUGUGUUUGCAUAGGAAUGUUACAAUUAUUUCUACUGCAAUUUAACAACAGGGGAUAGGACUCAAGCAGUGUCAUCUAGUCCUUCUGUCUCUUCAUUUCAACAAGAGCAGUGCUAAGUAAAAUAAUAACAACGAUAAUAAUAAUGAUUGUUUUUAUUAAACCAAAAGACUCUACAUUCUAGCAUUAGGACCACACAGAAAUGAUCUAUCAGCUUACAAAAGCACAAGACAUCACAAAAGUGCAGUGGAAUAGUUAAUGGAGAAAUGAAUCAUGGUUAUUUUAAGCAAGACCUGCUUUAAAUUGGCAACUAUGACCACUUCUAUUUUCUGUAGGUCACUGUGUUUCAGUCUUACGGCUAAUUUCAUGUUAAAAAACAAAAACUGAAAAACAUCAACAUAGACAGGUCUUAUAGCAUAUCUACACGUGUAUAUGUGUAUAUAGAGAUCCGUGUAAACACACAUGCAUAUGUAUGCAUUCAUAUGUCAGAAACAAAAGGAAUAAGCUAAUGAGUUGUUCCCUUCAUUGAGCCUGUAUAUGAGUAUUUUUUUUUUUCUAAUUUGGCAACCAACAGUCACCAUCCUGACAUAAGUAAUACAGGGUACUGAACAUCUCUCUCAGCAAAUCAAUGCCUACAGUUCCUAAGAACAUUGCACAGUUUGACACUACACUAGUACUGUACCUCAGAAUAGCAGAUGUUAACUAGUUUCUGCAUUGCUUGUCAAAUGUCCAUUUGCUCCCUUUCCAAGGACACAUAACGUUGUUCAUUGGUGAUUUAAAAUUUAAAAAAAAAAAAAUAAGAAAAUGGAAAAAAAAUCCUCCUGGGAGGAGAAAAAAGAAAAAAAAAAAAAAAGAAACUAACCCUCACCCUGUUGGUCAGGGAAAAUGACAACUGUAGCAAUCACGCCAUUUUGCCAAGUGUACAGAGUCUGCUAUGUAAGCAACCAUGACUUUCACUGAGUGUGUGUAAAUAUUUAAACAGAUUUCUUAAAUAUUUUUAACUUCUCAUUUGUAUUUUAUGGUAAGGCAAUGUACUAAUUCUGUUUAUGGCUUACAUUGAUGUGUUACAAUAUGUAUAUAAUUAAAGAUGCUGUAAAUUAAUAGUCAAUAGAUACAAAUAACUGUUUAGGGUUUUUGUCUUAAUUUUAUCUAUUUAUUUUUUACUGAGUAUGUUUACUGGAGUGCCCCAGCAGAGUAAUUUAAACACCCUUUUGCAUAAAUGAUUUGGGAAUCCCAGACAGAAGGAUUUCCAUUGCUGUCUCUCACAUAGAGGUAGGAAUAUGCACAUGCACACACACACACACACACACACACACACACACACACACACACACACACCCUGUCUUCCACUCCCUUCUUUUCACUCCUAUUUUCUCACUCUUAGUGGGAAAUGUAGCAUUGUUUUGGUGUCAUAUUAACAACCAAGAGAUGCUUUGGAAAUGGCAACUGGAAAAAAAGGAAAAAUGGUUAGAGUUAACUUAGUCGUUUUUCUAAGCUAGAGUAAAAAAAAAAAGCCAAAGUUUGCCAAUGAUAGCUUUUCCCCAAAACUAG